GCUGUUCCCUCCACCAGUCUCCGCCUCGCUACCUAUCUCCACAUUUAAUACUUAAUUCUUAUUAUAUAUGCAGAACUAUUUAAUAGUUUUAGAAGUUAUUUGAACGUAUGACAAAAUUUGGAGAUACUUGACGCUGUAAAUACAUUGCGGAAGGGGAGGAGAGGAACAUCGGAGAACUUACGUUUGGAUGGAUGAGCUGAAGAGAAAUGUUAUCCACAGGGUUUAGCUCCGUACCAUACUAGGGAAAAUAUUUAAGAGGAAUGUCGAGUUUAGGUUCUGGUCUAAAGUUUAUUAAAAUUACCAAUAUCAGGUUGAUUUUUUUUUUAUGGAAGGCGCGUAACCAAACUUCAGGAAAUCCAUUAUUACGCCAGCUGUAGAUAUGGGAUUGACGCGUUUCUCUUACCGCUGUAAUAUAGUGUUUCAAAAAGAUGGACCCGAUUUGAAAUAGCCGUAUCUCUGCAACCACGAACCGCCCAUGAAUGAAAGUUAUACCACUUAAAAGGGCGAGGCAUAGAGUUUGAAUUGAGCACCACCAGAUGCCUCUCCCAGCGCACCAUCAGCCUCCUGCACCAGUUAGUCACAAGAUGGCUACCCCACAGCACAAGGCAUUUUGCGUUCUGCAGUACGGCAGGACUGAAUCCGUAAUCGCGGUGCAGCGAGCAUUUCUACGGCGUUUUGGCAUUGAUCCGCCGAUGCCAAAGAGCAUUCGUCGUUGGUACAGACAAUUUGAGGAAACAGGCUGUUUAUGUAAGGGGAAGAGCACAGGGCGACCACGCACCUCUGAGGAAAAUGUGAGAAGAAUUCAAGAGAGUUUUCUGCGUAACCCGAACAAGUCCACUCGUCAUGCCAGCCGAGAACUUGCUAUCCCUCAUACGACUGUCUGGCGUUUGUUAAAACGACGGGAUUACCGACAAGAAGCUGAAGGAAAAGAGGAGGAGGUUGCCCCAAUAAAGGACAAAGAGACUGCAACAAAAGAUUCUGAAGAGCCUGAGGCACCAGCAGCACCUGCAAAGGGCCGGCGAGGUCGUAAACCAAAAAAGGUCUCAGUUGAGCAUUGCAAAUCAUGAAGUGUUUUCAAACGGAAUGCCGUUCAGGUGACCGACGGUAUUCGAGCUGAGUUCCCUGAAAUUGAGGUGGAACUCAACCCUCGGAAGCCUCGCAGUAAAACCUUUGAGAUAAUGGUAUCCUUUGAUGAUGGAAAGUCAGACCUGGUUUGGUCUGGUCUCGAUAAGGGACCCCCUCGCAAGUACAAGUUUCCUGAUCUUUCAGUUGUGCUCGAGGAAAUAAAAAACCGAAUGUAAAUGGGACACUUUUUAUUGCUGUGGUUUAGGGAUGCAAUCCUUUGCUGACCUGAUUAUUAUACUGGCAUUUAUGUUAGCUCUUAAAUCUCCCUUAAAGUUUAUAGAGAGGAUUAGUUUUGUAUGAGAAUUUGCAAGUGGUGUAGUUUUUGUUUUUGUCAGUGUGAAUCAAAGGGUGUUUUCUAAUCCAUAUUUUUUCUCUCAGCAUAGGGUUGCAUCAGAACAGAUAAUCCCUGGAAAUGUUUUAGGAAGAGAAUUUCAGUGAUCUUUAUAUGAAAGUCUGAAGGUAAAAGUUGUAUUGCACUUGCUUUAGACUGGAUGCUCCAGAUCACUAGUGAAAAUUUAGUUUCUACUCUAGUUUCCAGAGAUGAUCUUGAUUUAUUCAUACCAAACUGACUUAAAUUUAAGAGUCCCUAAUUGUAAUUUUACAAUAUGUACAAAGUUCACUGGUGCUGGCAGGGGUUCUGGAUGUAAAUAUGAACUUUGCACUACCCAUAUCAUGGCUUGAGGGACAAGUAAAUUCCCUUGGAGCUGUAUAUUGUGUGGUAUAAAGGACACUCAUCCUCUUCCAUUCUGCUUUCUCCUGUGGACACUGCAUUAUUGCCCAGCUACCAUUUUCUUUUUUUUUUUUUCUUUUUUGUGGUUUGGAAGAUUUAGAAUUUCUCGAUUAUAUUUUAGUAUAGUACUGAACUAGUACUACAAAUUUUAUUUUUAUUAGAAUUUUAAGAUACAGUACAGUAUUUAGAAUUCUUGCAUUAAUUUUCUCAAAAAAACGUCUAUUCCCACUAAGUGGUGCUAAGUUUCUUUAUGUAGCUGGAAACUGAUUUUAAAAUAUUGCUCAGAUUUAGUAUUAUUUAAUUUCUAUCCACCUGCUUAUGUAUUUUUAGAAACAAUAAAGUACACAAAAAAAGUGA